ACGAGAGGAGAAGGAAGAGGAGGGACAGCGCUGCCCAGGGAGAGCCUCAGAGCUUGGGGCUCUUGGCCUGUGCUGCAGCUACAGUCACCUCGCCCUUCUCAGACUCAGUGAAGGAGCAUUUUGACGAGGCUACAGUGGAUAGGAAAAAAGGAGGAGAAGGCGGACAGAGACAGGAGUCAGGGGCAGUAGGGGGGCCCUAACCCCCCGGGCUCUGCCCCUCUGUUGCAAACGCCUCUCGCUUCUUUUGCACAGACAGUGGAGGAGCACCUGGAGGAGACCUCGGUGUUCCAAGGACAGGGACUCCCUGCUGACAGUCACCAUGUCACACAGGGAGGAGGAGGCCCCCAGAGGGAGGGAGCCAGCAUGCCUGCUGUGUCAGCGAUCCGAGGCUAACCUGGACAUCUGUGGGGAAAAACUCUUCAUACAUGGGCUCUGUGCCCACGAGUUCUGCCUGUUUUUUGCCACCAACUUUCCUGACCGCCCGGUUCAUCGAGGAGGACUCUGGUGUCUUCCCUCAUGGGAGAUCCGAGCUGUAGUCUCCCUGGCGGCUCAGCAGAUCUGCUGCAUCUGUGGCCAGAGAGGGGCCACCAUUUCCUGCUGUAGAAGAAACUGUGACCUGAGCUUCCACCUGCCCUGUGCCAAGCAGGGAGGCUGUGUCACCCAGUUCUGCAGACCAUUCAGGGCCUUCUGCCCCGCACACAGCCCAGAGCAGGCAGUGGAGGCGACACCAGAGCCAGGCACCCAAUGCCUCAUCUGCAUGGAGCCUGUGGAGGACAGAAAGACCUUCAACACCCUGGUGUGCCCAGCCUGCAAAACCACCUGGUUCCACAGGGACUGCAUCCAAGGACAGGCUCUGCAUGCUGGUCGUUUCUCCUUCCAGUGCCCCCUCUGCAGAAAUGAUGAGGCAUUUAUAAGAGAUAUGUUCACCGUGGGGAUCCAAAUCCCCUUGAGGCCACCAUCAUGGGGGAGCUUUAAUGCAUUCGAUGAGAUGGGAGACAGACACAGGCACUGUGAUGCCAGUGAGUGCCUUUUUCCAGGAGGCAGGCAGGAGGCAGAGGAGGAAGGGUAA